AUGGUCACGAAGCAUCGGGAAGUGCUUGAAUCGGCUAAGGCAAAGUUCGAGGAGAAGAGGGUGGAAGGUGAUCAGAUCGAACUCCAAUCCAACAUCGAUCUCCUUAUGUCGUUGAUCUCCGGUGCGACCAACCAGGAGGAAGAGCUCGCCAGGUUGAGGGGGCUCGAGGAUGAGGUGGCCGAAGCAGCCAAGGUGGCCCAAGUCUCCGAUUUCUCGAUCGGGAAGUUCAACCUUCCCGUGGUUUCGGAGGACUCGGUCGCGCGCAUGGAGAUCGACCCAUCAACGAACAUUCCGGUUGGCUUGAACCCGUUCGGGACGAACGCCGAAGAGAAGGGAAGCAACGAAGAGGGAGAGAAGGAAGUUGAAGAGAUGACCGUCGAGGACUGA